CACUGGAACCUUGGGGUGAACGCAGACGAUUAUGAUGCAAGGAAAGGACCAAGGUGGCCCAGGCCUCAGUCAGAUGAACUCAGUCUGAGCAACCACGAGGGGGAAGAGCAUUCACAUUGUUUACAAACCAAACAAAACAGAAACAAAGCCAGGGAAACAGUCUUGGAGAAAUGAAGUUUAAAGGAUCAAACUUAGCUCCUGAGUAGAAGCGAACACCCACCGUCUCCCAUUAAAAUGACUUCGCAGCGGCCAUUCCCGGCAGAUGACUUCCGGGUCUACUGUGUCCUCGCGGAGUGUGCAGAUUAUGACUCCCUGCCCGAGUCUGAGACCCAGCCACACUUCCAGGGCGUGACAGGACUGCGGAACCUGGGCAACACGUGCUACAUGAACGCCAUCCUGCAGUGUCUCUGCAGCAUCUCCCCGCUCGUGGAGUACUUCCUCUCCGGAAAGUACAUCACCGCUCUUCAGAAGGACUGCAGUGACGUCACCACCGCCUUUGCCUACCUGAUGACAGAUAUGUGGCUUGGGGACUCAGAGUGUGUCUCACCAGAGAUAUUUCUGUCGGCUCUUGGCAGUCUCUACCCAGCUUUUCUGAAAAAGACACAGCAAGAUGCACAGGAGUUCCUGAUUUACGUCCUCAAUGAGCUUCAUGAAGCUUUGAAAAAGCACUGCCAGAGAAGAGCACAUGAGAAAAAAUCUGCCCAACGAUGCUGCAGGAAGGUGAUGGCCAGCGAGACGUCCAUCAUCACCCGGCUGUUUGAAGGACAGCUCAGUUACAGCAUCACGUGUUUGAAGUGUGAGAACUGCACCUACAGGAAUGAAGUCUUCACCGUCCUCUCCCUCCCCAUCCCAUCCGAGUAUGAAUGCUCCCUUCAGGACUGUCUCCAGUGUUUUUUCCAACAAGACACAUUGACCUGGAACAACCAAAUCCAUUGUUCUUUUUGUGAAAUCAAGCAAGAAACAGCUGUGAGGUCCACUAUUUCCAAAGCACCAAAAAUAAUUGUUUUUCACUUAAAAAGGUUUGACAUCCAGGGUACAGUAAAGAGGAAGCUGAGGACAGACGUCCGUUACCCACUCACGAACUUGGACCUCACGCCUUACAUCUGUCCAAUUUUCCGGAAACAUCCUAAGUACAACCUCUGUGCAGUGGUGAACCACUUUGGUGAUCUGGAUGGUGGCCAUUACACCGCCUUCUGCAAGAAUGCAGUAACUCAGGCCUGGUACAGCUUUGACGAUACCCGAGUCAGUGAGAUUCCAGACACUUCAGUUCAAACGGCCACAGCCUAUCUUCUGUUCUACAGCUGCCAGCCCUUUUCUAUCCCGAUACAGACUCGCAAGAGCUAGGACAGCGCUCCCGACCACUGCAAACAAGCCAUCAGGAAAUGCAGGGAAUGUGCUUUGUCAUUAAAUCUUUACCACCUACUUCCACCGCUAAGGUCUGUAAGUCUCACAGACAGCCUGUAUAAGACAAGUCUACAGCAUAAGGAGAUAGGUCCCUGCUCGCUAAGGGCGGCAUGCAAGCCAUGCACUGCCAUCACGGGCACAUGCCAGACAUGCACUGCCAUCACAGGGGCACAUGCAAGCCAUGCACUGCCAUCACAGGGGCCCAGGAACUGCAGGUUUCAAAGGUCAAUGUUUCAUACGGUGGGUUUCUGUCAUAUUUCAUGAUAAGUACCAAGUUAUUUUCCAAAAAAAAUUAUACUUAUUUUGUCCUGUGUGGAUGUGGAAGUCAGAGGGCAACCUGUGGAAGUUCAUUCUCUUUUCCACUGUGUGGGUCCUGGGGAUUGAACUUGGGUCCUCACUGAGCCAUCUAACCAGCCCAACACAAAUAAUUUUUGUUUAUACAGGGGAGCUCAGGGGUAGGAUGUUUUGGUUACACAGGUAUAGCUCAGUGGUAGGAUGUUUGCUCAGCAUCACUAGCACAGGGAAAAGUUAAGUGCAAAAGUGACCCGAAGGGCCGGAGAUGGCCCAGUGGCUCAUAACAGCCCUUGCUGCUAGCAGAGGACCUGGGUUUGGUUGUUAGCACCCAUAAGGUACACACCCACACCCACACACCACUAAUACAUAUAAAUCUUAAGGACUUGAAACCCAUGCUCAAACCUUCCCCCGUAAGUUAAAUAACCACUCUCAGGAUCUUUGUUUAGAAGAGACUCCGACAAUAUGGACUACUGCACUGCCCUUGGCUGCCUUCCAGAACUUGAAGGUUAAGAUCCUAUUCCACCACAUACUUCAGAUACAGGACUUGAAGGAAUCAAGCUGGAACCGACCUGGAAGCCUGCCCUUGAGGACUAGCUCUGGUAGUAUCCCAGCAUGCUAUGUAUGCUGCCAAGGGAGGAAAGCAAUCAGUAGUCAGAGUCAGCUAGGACACCCAUAAACCACAAUGGCCGAGGAGGCAAGAAGCCCAGCAGCUGGAUGGUGGCACCUGUGUCAUGUGGAUAGCCAACAGCUGUCUAACUGGACUAACCGGAUCUAAACCAUUCAAGAGAAGGGAUCCUUGCCUGGUAAACUGAGUCAACUAUCCAUAACUGGUGAAGUGAUGGGCCCUAAGGAAGAA